GAGGAGCCUGGGAGGGGAAUGAGCUCGGAGGGAGCACCGGGAAUCCAUCGCGGGCUGCGCACCGGCCGUGCAGCCUCCCCCGCCGCUCCCACCGCGCCCAAUUAGCGGGACAUGGCUCAGAUCGGGGCUGCUUCCCCUCGGCAGGUGCUGCUCGGAACCGCCUGGCUGCUGCUGGCAGGGCUGCUGCUGCCGUUCCCUCCGGCUCUGGAAGCUGCAGGACCCGUCCUCAGAGCUGUGGGAUCCUCGGUGCUGCUCCCUGGGCUGGGGAACACCACCCACAGCCGUUCCACACGCUGGGAGUUCCUCAACGGCAGCGGCCCCCUCCCCAUCCUGCAGCACCUCGGGGGGGUCCUGCCCCCAGCCAUCCACCCUGCCUAUGCAGGACGAGCCCUGUUCCAUCCAUCCAACGGAUCCCUCCUGCUGCAGGACGUCCGGGAAAGCGACAGUGGCACCUACAGGGUGACAGGAGGCAGGGAGAGCCGGGAAACGCAGCUGGAAGUGCUCUACCCCGUGUCCCGCCCCCAGCUCCGGGCCAGCAGCCUCGUGGCCGGGGCCGCCGGCCGGGUGGUGUGUGAGGUGGCGGAGGGCAGGGUGGACAGCAUCAGCUGGAGCAAGGACGGGCAGCCCCCGGCCCCGGGCAGCGUGUCCCGGCUGUCCGGCAGCAGCAGCGCCCUGCAGCUGAGCCCAGCCACGAGGUCGGACUGCGGCUCCUACUCCUGCAACGCCAGCAACGGCAUCAGCUGGCAGGAGAGCUCGCUGGAGAUCGCCAUCGAAGGUCUGUCCCAUCGCUUGAAGCACACCCUGAGGAUGGCGGUGGUCGCUGUGGUCUUCGCCGUUGUCUCGGCGUGGGGGUUGAUUAUUCCUGUCUGCCAGUCCCAAAAGCUCCGGAUAAGGGGGGAGCUCUGGCGGUGGCUGAGCUGCUACACCUGCGGGCUGGUGUGCAUCGCCUGCGCCCUGGACGGCACCGCCGGCGUCCUCUGGAUGUGGGAGGAAGGCCCCUCUGUGGCUGUCAUACUGCCCGAGAUCACCCUGAGCUACCUCACCGUGGUCACCUUCCUGGUCGCCACCACCGUGAUUUUCCAGCCCGCCGACUUCAGCCACCUGAAGAGCAAAAAAGCUCAGCGCACCAUGAGCUACGCCGCGCCCGGGGCCGUGCUGGCCGUGCUGCUCAGCAGCGCCUUCCUCAUCCGCAGCAUCCACCAGCGCCACGAAGGAGGAUGCACCAAGUUCAUGGAUGUGACUGUCCUGGUGGCCAGCACGGCGGCCGUGGUGGCCCUGCCCCUCCUGGCCAUCGGCCUCUGCUAUCAAAGGACUCAGAGCUGUCCCAAGCAGCAGGAUGGCUCUUGGAUGGACAAAGUCAGCUUUGAGAUGUCUGAGCCAGGCCCCAAGGACACCAUUCCCAGCUGAGAUCCAGGGGGGUGGCUCUGAGCUGGCUCAGCCAGCCCCAAACCUCCCCAGGUUCAGUGGGUCCAGAACUCAUUUGGUUCCUCUAUGAUCCUCAUAAUAAAUGUCCACAAAAUUAACCUG